AUAAUAAUACUUUAUUGCUCUUACAGAGAAUUUGUCUUGUGCUUGCCAAAGUAUAAAAGAGAAAUAUAGAAGUAUAAAAAUUCUUAAAACUAUCAGUUACAUCUAUUAAAUUCUCAAUCAUAAACUAUCAAAAAUAGAACACAUUAAAAUAUUAAAAACAUUAAAAGUAUUGCUGAUGUCCCUGAGUGCUGCCUUCUUUUACAACUGUUGAUUCCCAUUCAAUAUCCUGAUACUAGAUGGAACAUACGACUCCCUAUACCGAGAUGUUCGGCCCUGCACAGAUCUCCAUCUUCUGCCAGAUGGUAACAAUUCGUAACAUGUGUGCAAUGGGUGACUGGAGUCUUUUAUUAUGAUAUUGCUUCUCUGAAUAACCGCUCGUUUAUACAGUUCCAACAAUGGUUUUGUAUUUUUUACUUUUAAUCGGCUACAUUUCUUUAUUAUCUUGCUUAGUUUACCUUUAGAUUCCACAGUACUAUUUCCAUACCAGCAACAUAUAGCAAAUGAAAAAACUGAUUGUAGUAUACUACUGUAGAACAAAUCCAUUAUCUUACUACCAACUUUUAACUUGCAUAGUUUCCUAACAGAAAACAUCCUUGAGUUUGCCUUCUUAUAUAUUUUAUCUAUGUGAGAGGAAAAGUUGAGUUUAUUGUCUAUGAUCGUUCCUAAGUAUUUGUAUUCUUCUACUACUUCAACAGUUUCAUCAUUGAUUUCCAAAGGUUCAUGUUGUACGGGAGUCUUACUAAAAUCAAUAAUCAUCUCCUUAGUUUUGUUAACAUUUAAUUCUAAAAAAUUAUCCCUGCACCAUGUACUAAAAUUGUUAAUUUCUUCUCUAUAAAUAACAUCAUUAUUUACACAGAGAGAGACAAUGGCAGUGUCAUCUGCAUAUUUGAAUAUCUUAGUACACUCAUUUUGACUUCUACAAUCAUUUGUAUAAAGAGAAAACAGUAGUGGUGACAAUACGCAACCCUGGGGCGCACCUGUGUUUGUUACAAUUGAGUCAGAGAUCUGGUCCUUAAACUUUACAUAUUGCACCCUACCUACCAAAAACUCGCGUAUCCAUAGAACAAGUGGUGGACUCACGUUAAGACUUAUAAGUUUUUCCAUUAACACAUGAGGUUGUAUUGUGUUGAAAGCACUUGAAAAAUCAACGAACAACACCUUAGCAAAGUGUUUACUGGAUUUGUUGCUUACAUUUUCCAGAAAUCGAAGUAUAUAAUUUAUAAUUGAUAACGUAGCAUCUUCCACGCACCUAUCUUUCUUAUAGGCAAACUGAUAAACAUCCAUUUGGUCUUUCACUUCAAGAAACAGGAACUUUUUUAAUAACACUUUCUAAACAUUUCAUAAAUAUACAUGUCAAGGCUACAGGUCUGUAAUCAUUAUAACCUUUAGGGGUUUGAUGUUGUGGCACUGGAAUAAUUUCAGAUGUCUUCCACAGUUUAGGUAUAUAAGAUUGAUCCAAGGAACUCUGAAAAAUUCUGCAUAAAACUGGAACCAACUCGUAUUUACAAAUGCUUACUACCUUAGCACUUACUCUAUCAGGCCCUGCCGCUUUAUUGCUCUUAACUCUUUUCAAACUUUCUAGUACAUCCUCACACGUUACAGUAAAUAUUCCAUGUUCCUUGUUAUGUAAAAACUCAGUAAGGCUGUUCUGUUCUGAAGAAUAAUCCUGGACAUCAAAUCUACAAUAAAACUUAUUUAAUUCAUUGCAAUAAUCCUUUACAUUUGUAAUAUCUGGACACACGGAUUUCUUAGUCAUUCCAGUAAUGUUACGCAAACCUUGCCAAGCAGCCUUUGUAUCUUUCUCAAACCAAUGUUCUAUUUUCCUUUUGUAUUUUUCUUUUUCCAUACUAAUCAUAUCAUCAAUUUUCUUCUGAAUGAUUCUUAAGUUGACUCUAUCAUUUCGUAACCUACAUUGUCUUUUCUCAUGUAGCAAAUUUUUCACACUUUUCGUAAACCAGGGCUUAUUGUUAGGGUAGCACUUAACACUCUUGACAGGCAAAAUGUUUUCCACACAAAAAGAUAAAUAGCAAUUUAAGACAUCCACAUUCUCGUCAAUACUAGCAUUUUCAUCAUACAGUAUGUUCCAUUCUGUCAAUUCCAUACAGCCUCUCAGAGUAUCGCUCACUUUGUCAUCCCACUCAUAUAUUUUCUUAAUGACAGGUUUACAAGUUUUCAAUUUUUGUCUAUAAAUAGGUGUUAAGAGGCACAUUUCAUGGUCUGACAAACCGAGGGGCUUCAUUUUACUUGCCUUAUAACUAUUCUUUAUAUUACAAUAAUAAUGAUCUAAUAUUUUCUCCUCUCUUGUAGCAAAGUCAAUAUACUGUUGAUAAUGAGGAACAUAACUCUGAAAUUUAGAACCAUUGAAAUCUCCUGCUAUUAAUUUAACUGCUUCAGGUGACAUAUUUUCAGUCUUACACACAGCAUCAUAUAACAGACUUUCUGCAUUUUUUAUAUCCACAUUUGGAGGAAUAUAAACUACUAUUAUGAAAAUCUUGUUAAAUUCUCUUGGUAAAUAGUAAGGUCUCACGGAAAGUGUCAUGUAUUCAAUGCAGUCAUUACAGACUUUCUCAAUCACAGUUAUAUCCCUGCACCACCUGUUGUUUACGUAAGCACACACUCCGCCACCAGCACUUUUUCCUGAGUCUGGGGUUCGAUCGCUCUUUAUUAAUUGAUACCCAUCAAUAUGAUAUGCUGAGUCGGGAUCGUUUUCACCACUUAACCAAGUUUCUGUCAGACAAAUGAUAGAUGCCUCUCUGAAUGCAUAAUUCCACUUGCACAAAGCACUAAGUUCAUCAAACUUGUUCCGUACUGAACGAACAUUUCCGACCACACACAUAGGGAGAGAGAGCCGGGCGCCGCGUCGUCUGCACCUCACCCUCACACCACCCCGCCUUCCUCUCCUUUUGUUAUUUCUAGUUUUUCCCUCUGGAUGCAACACCUUCCUUUUCACAGCAUCUGGCACGGUCACAGCAAAUGUCUCAACGUUGCUAGACUUUGCUAACGUUAGCAGAAUAUCCUUGCCAUAAAUCAGUCGUUCCUGCUGUUUGUUUAUAUCCGGCGGCUCAUCAGUCCGGGUAGACACAGCGGCCACACUCACAGAACAGCUCUGUAGCACCCACCAGAAGAGUAGAAAGCAAACUAUUCGCGUAAUCAUGAUGUCUGUAGCUUCAUAACUCGCCAGGCAACUCAGGAAUACCAGCAGCCUUCCAAUUCCAUUAAAAAUACAAUGAAGAAAAUCGGAGCGAGUCAAGGAAUAUAAAUACUUAGGAACAAUAAUUGAUGAUAAAUUUUCUUUUAAUAAUAAUGUUGAGACACUUUACAAAAAAAUCAAUUCUAGAAUGUAUUUUGUAAGGCAAUUAAGUAAACUAAGAAUUGACAGAAAGAUUAUGGAUAUAUUCUAUUCAGCAAUAAUACAAUCUGUUCUUUCGUUUAAUAUAACUUGCUGGUACGGAAAUUGUAACAUUGAAUUAAAAAACAAACUUUGUAAAAUAAUGAAAAAUUGUGGGAAACUUGGGGUUGAGAACAUCAUCCCUCUUGUAGAAAUUUAUAAGAAAGCAGUUGUCCGGAGAUGUGAGGUAGUACGACAUGAUCCCAUUCAUCCUUUAAACCAAUAUUAUCAAAUGUUACCCUCUGGAAGAAGGUUGAGGUCAUUAUACUGUAGAACAUCAAGAUAUUCAAGAUCUUUUGUACCUAGCAGUAUUAAAAUGUUAAAUGAACAACAGACAAUCUACCAGUAGCACAGACUGGGUUUGUUCCUGUGGCCUGUAAAUGACCAAUGUGUGUGAGUAGUACGAGGAGUGUAUGACGUAUGUGCGGUUUUAUCACUUUUACUGAGAGCUCAUGAAGCAAUUUUCAUGUAUUAUACGUGACAAUAAAGUAUUUAUUAUUAUUAUUAUUAAGUUGCGAGGCGUUGUCAUUUCCUACCACGCUCAAAUCGUGGGUUACCACACUCUCCACGUGCUAUCUUCCCUGCCGCUUCUACCUCUUCUCCGCUCCUGACUCAUCCCCGUGGUCACACCUGUCUGCCAUCACACCUGUCGCCGCCUAUUCCUACUCAUCACGCCGCUCCUCUUUGCUGGUUGCCGUUCAUGCUUCUUCCUGAAUUGUGGGUAUCCCUUGGUUCCUUCUCCGAGCCACCCCCAACUCUCCCAUCCGAGUACUCGAGGUCAAGCCUCAUCGCCACCACCACUCCCCACCCAGCCCUUCUCAUGUCCGGACUCGCCCAAGGUCAUAUUUCCAAGUUUGCUCCCAGCAGUGAUUUUCCCAGUCAUCAGGGGCCAGAUCCAAGAAACGGUUAUUAUCAACCUCCGGCAGCCAAAUGGUAUCCAAGAACGCAUAAGAGGCAGACCUAAUCCUCUUGUUUGAGAAGAUGCAGUCUCAGCUGGAGAGAAGAACAAGGCAUAGCCAGGCAUUACCAACUCACACCCAGGUUUUGUUGGCCCUGAGAUUGUUUGCCAGUGGGCCCUUCCAAAACGUCAUUGGAGACACUGCAGGACUUACGCAAGCGUCAGCAGGGUCUUCGAGUGUGUGUGCAUCGUGUUGAGUGAUAAGUCAGUGCAGGAAAUCAAGAUGCCUUCAACACACCUUGAUCAAAGGAGGACUGCACAGCAGUUCUUCAGGACCGAAAAUUUCUUAAGAGUUAUUGGGACCAUUGAUAGCACCCACAUUGCCAUCAAGGCCCGAAGAGUGGACAAGGCCCUCUACUUUAACUGGAAAAGCUAUCACUCCCUCUGAAAAUCCAACUUGUUUGUGAUGCGAAUGGAGUGAUCCUCAGCUACUGCUUCAGAUUUUUCAGGCUCUCUUUUGGAUCUUCAUGGCAGUUUCCACAACAGCAAACACUGCAAGCUUGACCACACUGAUCUUGUCUCCAGUGAAGCUAAGAGUGGGAAUGUUUUUACCAAGUAUGUGUUGUGGAGUUUUUAGUUUAGUUUUAAUCACUGUCCUUCCUUAAUCUGUUACUGGAAUCAUGAAAACACCCUUGCAAACCAUAACAACAUGUGCUAAAACCUGUUAAAGUAUCAUUAACCCUUUUAAACCAUUACUUGAAUCACAGAAACAUCCUUGCAAACCCUGACAACAUCCACUGAAACUUGUUAAACUGUCACUAGCAUUAUUAAACCAUUACUUGAUCAUAAAAACACCCUUGAAAACCCUGGUAACAUCCAUUAAAGUCUGUUAAACUAUUACUAACCUUAUUAAACCAUUACUUGAAUCAUGAAAAUGCCCUUGAAAACCCUAAUAACAUCCACUAAAGCCUUUUAAAUUACCACUCCAAUCACGGGAGCUCCAAACACUAUUAGAGCCUGUUAAUAAAGAAAAGGCACUGGGAUAUUGGGGAAUGCACAUUUCAAGCUGUAGCCUUACCUCACAUCCUUAACUCUCAUAACAGGGCCUUUGUUGGAGGCGAAUGAAUGUCACUGUCUGCAUUACCAGAAGAGGCGCGUCUGAAGUGACCAAGAUAGGAAGGUACGUGGACUCCCAGGAGAGGCUGUACCAUUUCCUCACAUAUGCUGGCCAUCACUAGCAGACCUCUUGGGUGGUUUCCAAGACCCCAGCUUGGCUUUCAAGACACUUAAUCAUACCAGGGUCUUCCUCCAGCAGCUCACCAGAAUAUAACUGGAUAACUUGCCUGCUGCCAGUACCUCCAGGCCUCUAGAGGUUGUGGCACCACAGCCUGCACAGCCCCUCAAAUCCCCAACAAGAACAAGAACACAACAGGGUAGUGGGAGUGAUGGCUUCAAGACACACUGCCACUGUACAAGGCAGCUGUUACUCUUGUACAUCAUGUGCUGCUUACUAGACUGUGCCUAAAAAUCUGAGAGGAAAAAGUAAAAGCUCACAGGACUGGUUGACAAGACAGCUAAAUGACCCUUAUGUGAAGUUGACCAAGCAACAUCAGUGCAGGCAUUGUCCAUGAUGCUUCCUGUGUUGUGGUUCCAUCAUGGCAGGCAUGGAAGUGCCUCUCACUGCAUCACCGCCUCAUGAUCAUUGAAAGCAUGGACACAGACACUGAGGCCCUAGUGGGUACGUGGCCCUCCUCAAUGGACAGAUGGACAGAGGCUGGUGUGCUGGCUGCAUGUAUCAGGAGCAAAUCUCAACCUUCUUCUCCGUUGUGGCAACAGGGAUGACAUAUGAGAUGGCCAUGACCAGCAUGCCCCUUCAGGUGCUGCGUCUGCACCUGCCACACAGUCCAUCCUCUGAGGCCGUUGUCCUGCUCAUCUACCCAAAGCCUCAGCGUUAUGACACCUAUGUGGAUGGUGUCUUUGUUCCCCCAGCCAACCUCAACACCUCUGCAGCCGGCUACAAGCUGUUGCCUGAGAACCCCACCCAUCCUCAGGCUUUCCUUCCCAUGUUGGACAAUGCAAUGGGGACCAGCUUCUUCCAGCGCAGUGCUAAGUUGGUCCAUGUGGUGCUGUGUGAAGGCCACAUCCUUGACAUCAAGACCAUGCCCAUGAUCACCCUCACCAGUGGUCUCAUGGUGAAGGAAGAUGAGUUUUAUGAGCAGAACGUGGUGUUGAAUCUGGCCAGCCUGUUUGAGGUAUCCCCAGACAACAUCAGGGUCAUCAGUGUUAUGCAGGAGCUCUCCAAGAGACAGCAGGGAAGGCUGGAGGCUGAAGUGGCCAGCGCUCACACUACAAGCCUGAAUGGCGAGGAGGAGGAGGGAGCAAUUGGUGGGGAGGUGAUUCCCUACAAGAAGCUGGUGCAGAGUCUGGAGAAGGCCGUCAAUAGAUUCCAGGAUGGAUCAUGCAGCAACUGUGCCUCUCUCUCUUGGUGAGUGACCCCAUCGAGCCACCACCCAAGGAAGCCCCUCCAAAGGCCACAGAGGAGGAAGGCAGUGUUGUCAUUCUGGAUGCCAAGCUGUUCUACAAGCAGCAGGAGAAGGAGGUGGCAGAGAAGAUCAAGGAGAG